GUCACUUCUUCCACAGCCUCAUUUACCAUUUCUUACCUCCACAGAACCCAAUUCCUCUCCGACCGGCUCCUUUCUGCUAGAACCCUAGAUUUCCUUUCCUAUUUAAUCCCAGGUUUGGUAGUGCUGUGUUUAUAUUGCAAUCCAUGGCAAAAGACAACAAUGGCAACAGCUACGAAGAGGCUCGCAAGCAACGAGUUCUUGAAAACAAGAAACGGUUUGAGGAUUUGGGCAUUUUGAACAUCUCCAAAGGCUUAUCUGAUAUUGCAAAGCCCGAGAAGAAGGUUCUGGUUCAGAGAGCAAGGCGCAUACCAAAUGCCACGUACGUGUUAGAACCAAGACGCUCCUCACGUGUGCGUAAUCCGGUUCAAUCUUACCAUGAUGAUCUAGACGUAGAACUUCCAUCUCUGCGCAAGAGAUCAAGGUCGAGUUCAUCUUCAUGGGCAAGUUAUCUUGCAAGACCAAUAGAAGAAGUCAAAGUUGCCUCUUAUGAAGAAAGAACACAAGCUUACAAAGCUGCAGAGAAACUCCAAAGUAAUCUGCAAUCUGGAAAUCCAUCGUUUAUCAAAUCAAUGGUUAGGUCUCAUGUCUACAGCUGUUUCUGGUUGGGGCUUCCAAACAGAUUCUGUGAGGUUCAUCUACCCAAAUCAACUGUGGAGAUGGUGUUAGAGGAUGAGGAAGGUGGUGAAUAUGAUGCUGUGUUCAUCAGCAAAAGAGCUGGGCUUAGUGGUGGAUGGAGAGCAUUUGCAUUGGAACACAAGCUUGAUGAUGGGGAUGCUUUGGUUUUUGACUUGGUUGAGCCUACCAAGUUCAAGGUGUAUAUAGUUAAAGCAUCCCAAUAUCCAAGCCAUGGCAUUGAGAGUGAUGAAAGGGAAGAAAAAGAUGAUGAAGAAGAAGAAAUCCAACAUAAGCCCGCGAAGAAGGGAAAGAAGAAAUAUUCGGCGAAUUCCCCCAAAGAGGUUGGGGAAACGGAGAAGCCAUCAAGAAGGAACACUCGAUCCUGCAGUAUAACGGCGCAACAGGUAGAGAUUGUGGCUGUUGAUGAAGAAACCAAAGGCAAAGGGAGAAGGAAGAAUGCAAGAAGAAAUGGUCAUUUAUGAGUGUGACUAAUCAAAGUGUGUAUAAUUUUGAGGUGUGAUGUAGUUUUAGUUUUUAGCAGUUUCACCAAAGGUUUUGCAAAACCAUGUGAUUGGGAUCCCUUUUUUUGUAGACAAACCAAAAUCUGCAUGUGGGUGAAUACAAUGCAUGCCCAAUG